AUGAAGGGUACGCUCGGUAACCGGUACACAAAACGCCUCAAGAACGCCGGUCCAGAGGUGAGGGAAAUUGGGAUUGCUGGCUUCCGACGAGCGUGUUUCGCGCGCGCACCGGCAACGUGCUGCUGCUUCUCCUCGCACGCAACAGAAACCGGCAGCAGCAGCAGCAGCGCGUCGACUCAACCGGUAUGUCGCUCACUCGUACAAUGGCUGUCAAGGCGUACGGAUCUGCGCCAUAGUUCGGUUGCGUGCGGCGGGUUAGUGUUUCGGUGCGUUUUUCGGUGUAUUAUCAACCAAAUCGGAAACAAUAAACCUAGUGUAAAGAGAACGCGUGAAGGAGGAGGAGCAGGAGCGCCUGUUUGUAGCGUACACAACCCCAAAGGCGACACCUCCAAGGAACCAAGAGCAAUAGCAUUUCGUAGCACUCUAAAGCAACCAGAGCAGAGAGAGAGAAGUAAAAAAGCAACAAAACUGCCUAGCACAAGCAUGGACGAUUUUUCGCUCGCGUUCGACGACAGCCGGCAGUCGCUGUCGGUGGCGACGGCGGCCACCACGCUCGCCCAGCUGACGUCCCAGUUCGACGAUCUGCACCUCGGCACCGGUGGUGCGGACGCGACGAGCCUGCUGAGCGGGCUGGUGGGGGCCGGCGGGCUCGGCAGCAUCGGUGGGCUGCACCAUCACCAUCACACGCUCGCGUCCCUGGCCGCCGCCGCCGGUCCGGACAGUGGGCUGCUCGAUCGGCACCACCAUCACCAUCUGGGCGGCUGUGCCAACGGUGGCACCGGUGGUGGGGCCCCGGGCCACCAGACGCCCAACUCUACCAGUGCGGCCGCCGCCGCCGCCGCCGCCACCAACGUGCUGGAUACGUUUGUCGCGAUGGUCAGCGGGCUGACGGGCGUGUGUGCGGCGAACGGCGGCAGCACCAACGGUACCGUUGGCCCGACCGGGGGCCUCGGUGGAGUAGUGAAUGGCGGUGGCGGUGGUGGCGGCGGUGGCGGCGGCAGCGGCGGCAACCUCAUAACCAGCAACGGCACGACCAACGGCGGCAGCGGCAAGCUCGAGGAGCGGCCGGUCAAGUACAAGUCGCACACGGAGUGCGUGCCAGUGCCGUCGUCCGAGCACGUGGCCGAGAUCGUCGGCCGCCAGGGGUGCAAGAUAAAGGCGCUGCGGGCGAAGACGAACACGUUCAUCAAGACGCCGAUCCGGGGCGAGGAGCCGAUCUUCGUCAUCACCGGCACGAAGGAGGACGUGACGCGGGCGAAGCAGGAGAUACUGUCCGCGGCGGACCAUUUCAGCACGCUGCGCUCGUCGAAGAAGCAGGCGAUCGCGCUGCUCGCGGAAAGCCGCAACAUGCUCGGGUACAGCAUGCCGGACGAGAUCACGAUCCAGAUCCGGGUGCCGCAGAAGGUGGUCGGGCUGGUCGUCGGGCCGAAGGGGGCCACGAUCAAGAACAUCCAGCUCAAGACGAACACGUACAUCAUCACGCCGAAGCGCAACCAGGAGUCGGUGUUCGAGAUUACCGGCCUGCCGACGAACGUGCACACCGCCCGGCAGCUGAUCGAGGAGCACAUUGCGACGCGGGCCGGCACCACCGCCUCCGGCGCGGCUGGCGGCAAUGGGGGCGGCGGUGGUGGAGGUGGCGGAGGCGGCGGGGGUAGCAGUGGGGGCAGUAGUAGCAGCAGCAGCAGUAGCAGCACCACCAGCUCGAGCGGCUCGUCCACGUCCUCGUCCGGGCACGGCAUUGGCCCGGGGGGUGGCGGCGGCGGCGGCGGCGGCGGUGGUGGUGGUGGGCUGAGCCGGUCCGGAUCGUCCAGUGGGGCGAGCAACGGUGGCAACGGGCCGGGCCUGGGCUGCCUGUCCGGGAGCGUGACCGGCAGUGCGGGCUCCCUCAUCGGAGGCUUCGGGGGCGGCGGAAACGGUCUGCUAAACGGGAACCAAUACCACCACCAUCACCAUCAUCUGGAGCAGCAGCAGCAGCAGCAGCACAACAAUCACCAUCAUCUGCACCAUCCGCACCAUCAGGGGACGCUGCUGAAUGGCGGAAGCCUGUCCAGUGCCUUGAACGACGGUGGCGGCGGCGGUACCAACGGGCUGCUCGGUGGCAUCGGCAGCGAGCACGACUUCGAGGGCAACCAGUUCAUCAUCGACAAUCUGCUCGAGUACUUCAACAACAUGUCCGGCACGAACCAGCAGCAGCAGCACCAUCACCACCAGCAGCAGCAGCACCACCACCACCACCACCACCACGAGCCGUACCUUUCGCCCGGCGCCGGCGGGACCGGGAUCGGCGGCGAGCACAUACCCGACUUCCGCAGCAUCUGGGAGAGCCUGAGCGAAAGCCAAACGUCCGGCACGACCACCGACAACUCGGACAACUCGUCGCUCGUCUGGACGCUGCCGUCGUCGCCGCGCAACUCCGUCUCGUACAGCCCGGACGAUUUCAUCUUCCAGCGAUAGGAUGUGUGUGUGCCGCGGCACCGAAGAACCCCCCCAAGCCACUGGGAACAACAACUGUGAAGCAAUACAGCCGGCGCAAAGACCGAUAUCAUCCGCCCGCACACUACGUUUUGGAUCCUUUGAACGGUGAAGAAAGCGAGAGAGAGAGAGAGAGAGAGAGAGGAUCGCUCAAAGCUACACACAAUUCUCGUUGUACGAUCGUUGCUGGUUGAGCCGCUCGAAUGGUCAGGGCGCGUAUGGCGCCGGAGCCUGCCAGUCUGUUCUGUGGGGUUUACCGUUUUCAUUUGUGAUUUACGAGCGCACGAGAUACUGUUUCGAUUGUAUUUUUGUACUUUUUUUUUUUAAAUUUGUUUGCCUUUGUUUCCAUUGUGUUGUAGUUGUAGGCUUUUAAUCUUUUAGAGCUUUUGGGGCGCAUUAGCGCCCGUGCAUAGCGCCACGAGGAGAAAAGAAACCAAAAGGAAGCGCAUGGGGAAACCGCCGGAGCGUUUUGCGUGUUAUUCUGUAAGACUCUAAGGGAUACAGAGAGAGGUAGAGAGAGAGAGAGAGAAAGAGAGCACAACACGGCAAAGGUUGUUUGUUUGUUUUGACUUGCGUGUAAUUAAGUUAUGUUUUUAAAAUAAUUUAAAUUAAUCUUUAAGUUUUAUAUUUGCUCAUCUUGUUCGCUUUCAAGCAAGCAAAAUAUCGAGAAAGAGGAGGAAGAAGAAAAACGAAGCGACACAGCAUCCCAGUUACAAUUUGUAUCGUCCUAUGAGAGCAUGCUGGAGGGCGGUUCUAAUCGUAGUUAACACAGCCCGCGCGAGUGGCCAGGAGCAGGGCGGGCAGCGAUACACCCAAUACAUUUACAUACAUAAUGAGCACAAGCGCAUUUUCCAGAACAUAUGAGGCAGGGCGCGUAUAUUAUUAAAACGAAAAAAAAAACAACAUCACAUACACGCAAAGAAGAGCGGAGCUUUAUACUAAUUUAAUAGUGUAUAGGUUUACAUGAACUAGCAUUUUAGAGUGUGAAAUCGCACACACACACACACGCGUACAGAAUGAGAUUUGUUGUUCGGGUUCCGGUGGUGUGUUGGGGAUGGGGACGACCAUUGUUGGAUUUAUCCGUCAUUGUUUCGCUAAUCCCCUUAAUUAAUCCCACACACACACCAACACGCCCACACACGUACUGAAUGAGAUUCAGAUCGGUUUUGAUGAGAUGACGUGGUGAAACUCUCAUGUUCACUCAUCAAACACAACUUAGCAAGAAUAUUUCAUCCCCAUUUUCAGCGAUUAGAGAGACACACACAUACACACACACACACACACACACACUCACACGCUCAGAUAGCGGCAAUAAUGGCGAAAGAGGGGGCGGAAGCGAAUUUUAAUAAUUAAAAAGUAAUAAUAUUAGCAAGCCAAGGAUGAUCUGUGUGUGUGUGUAUGUGUGUGUGUGGCGUAUAAGGAGCGAAGGCGCGCACAGUGUAUAGCAAAACGUGUUUAAAAACUGAAGUUUAAAUGCCUAAACGAAAAACGAAAGGAAGCGUGUGUGUGAGAGAGAGAGAAAGAGCAUUAGAGGGCAAACAAAGCAAAGAAGGAAAAACAAACAGUAGCCAGCAGGACACACUGGGACGACACACCGGGUGGAGCGGUCCAGUUUUCUUUUAAAAAUAUUUGUUAAAUUCUAUUUUUAUUUCCGUUAAGUUAAAAAAAAUAUGGAAAAAGUCACGUUACAUGCAACCCGGCAGCGAAACAAGACGAAAGAGUUUUUGUCUGCUGUGUUCUGUUGGUUGAUUCCGUUGAGAGCAAGACAUUAGUGAAUUGUGGGAGGGCGUGAAAAAGUGGUACGAAAUUUUGGGGUUUUUGUUUCUCGGUAGGUACGAGCACAGGUGAUUUGCGUCCCGGCGUCCUGCUGCCUCAAAAACACACCCUCAAACACACUGCCGGUUGAAAGUUUAGGAGCAAAGCCGAAAUGUAGCAGUGAUACUAGCAAUUGAUGUUUUUUUUUCUUUCUAAACAGUCAUAUGAACACGCAGGUGUAUCGCUUUUGUUCUUUUAUGGUGUCAUUGAGCGCGCAAAGGUACUAAGUAAUUUAUUUUUUAUUGUCUGUGUAUAGUUUAUUUUAUUUUUAUUUUGUUCUUUGGAGAGUAUUUAUACAUCGGAUAGGCGGACCGGCAAUGUGUGUGCGUUGUGGUGAUGAGCAUGAUGAUAAUGAAGAAGUGAUUUAGCAGCGAGGGUUAGAUAGAUAGUUACAUAGUUAGAGAGCGAGAUGUAAACCGACUGGGCAAGAAGAGCAAAUGGAAUAAACACACACACACACACACAUGCCGGUACGCGGUAUGAGACAAAUAGUCCACAGGAUUAUAUAUGGGGAAGAGUUGGAAAGCGAAGAAACCGGAUGUGAGUAAAACAAUUUGCCAAGGCGCUUCAAACUAAUCAAACAUAAGGAAGGGGACGUGAAAACAUAUGGAAAAUGUAGUAACACAAAACGUUAAAGAAGAGUGAAAAUAUUAUUAUGAAAAAAAUAUAUAUAUCUAUAUUAUAUGUUAAUCUACAAUGAUAACACACACACACACUGCGUAAAAGAGCAAACCUCGAAAUAAAAAAAAAAUAUGUUGGAGGAGCGGGAGCAGCGUGGUACCAAAACGCGUAAGCAAACGAAUAAUAAUGAUAACUAAUUAAUAGUAACACUCUAUCACCAUUCGGCUUAAAAGUGGCAGAGAAAGAGAAAGAACAGAGAGAGAGAGAGAGAGAAAGAGAAAGAGAAAGAGAAAAAAAUAAUAAGAACGAAGAAUAAAGAGGGAUAGUGAGAGAGAGAGAGUGCGCGCACUGAGAGAAGCAUAACAAAGAAAAUGAAUAACUAUAAUGAAUGUAAUGAUGUACGCAAAAGGCAGCAGAACAGAUGCAACCACGGCAUUGAGAGCUGUAAACCAAUUAUUGUAACCUUCGAAACAAAAACAAAUGAUGACCGAAUCCCAAAAGUAAAGAAAAAAAGAGAAGAGAAAAACAACGUGCACAACACACACGAAAGCAGUUUAUUUUUAUAGAACAAAAAGAAGAGAAGAAGAAGAAGAAGCAGAAAAACAGGAACCAUCUAAAGCAUUUACCAUUAGACGGAAGCGUAAGGGACGACGAGAAAGCAAGAAAAAUGAAGAAUAAAUAAAAUAUUGUAUUAACAAAGAAAAUACAGACAGACGCACGUAAAAUUGGCUUCCGGGACUGAUGGUGUGAUGGUAUAAUGGCGGGUGUGAUGGUGGUGCCGAGAAGAUUUAUCUAGAGAAGUAGUAUGUGUGUGUCCAGCGCAGGACAGUGCGCAAAGAAGGAAAAAAGGGGGCAAAUGCGGUGAAGAGACACUCUUCUCUCUGUCUCUCUCUCUCUCUUUCUCUCUGUCUAUCUCUACCACCGGUAGUACUGUGUUCCAUUAUCUCUGGGAAAUUACCGAGGUAAAGCGAAAGCAAAGAGAACAAACAAAAAAAAAUCGAGAAAAUAAAAAUGAGCAGAUAAAUAAAAAAAAAGAGAGAAUAAAAAGAAAGAUAAGAUGAAAACAGAUAUUGAAUAUUCCUAUACAGAAAUAUACAUAAAAAAGAUAUAUAUAGAUUAUAUAUAUAUAGUAUAUAAAUAUAUUUAUGUACAGAUAUACCGCGUGUAGGAUGUAGUGGGUGGAUGAGAGGUACGUAAGCUCCGAUUCAGACAGAAGAACCGGUGCAAAGAAAGCAAUGCAAAACAUAUGGAACGAAGAAGUGUAAGCUCCAGUAGUAGUUCCGGUCUCGGUGCAACAAUGGCACACCUCCCGGCGUCGAGAUUGCUGGGCAUAUUUUUGGACGGAGCGUAAACACUUACGGAGGCCGUGUGUACUUCGACACUCGAAAACAUGGCAACCAAAUCCGUGCGGAUGGCGAAAAUAAUGGGUCGUCCGAAGGAUCGGAGAUCAAGAGAGCUAGAGCGAUGUCGAUCUAUCAAACAGAGAAAGAGAGAGAGAGAGAGAGAGAGAGAGAGAGAGAGAGAAAGAGAGAAAGAGAGAAGAGAGAAGAAAAAAACCUGUCGACGCACAUACUACCUUUUUUAUCUAAUCGCUCGCUGGUUGAAAGGAAAGAAGCUAAAUUAAUACUUUACGCCAUCAUACUUAAACGUCUAACGGCUUAGGACAACUAAUGUUUUCCGUUUUCUCCCCCCUCCCCCCCCUGUUUACUAUUCAUCUUACUAUUCAUUACUAUUGCUGCAACCAUUUAAGGUAGAACAUGAUGGUAAGAGUAUAAUAAGGCACAUACCCAUAUACGCAUCUGAUGAAGCAGGUAAUGAGUUUGAGGUAGGAUUAUGGUCAAAAAGAAGAAAGCAAGACAAGUUGUCCAGAUUCAUUGCAGUUAUUGCAGACUUGCGAAUGAGCUCAAAAAAAAAAGAGAGAGAGAGAGAGAGAGAGAGAGAGAGAGAGAGAGAGAGAGAGAAAGAUGAUAUAACAGAAAGCAAAAAGAACGAUAUAGAAGGGUAGUUGGAGAGCAGAUAAAAAGAAAGAUAUAAAAAGGCGGAAAGAGAGCGCAAGAAACGAGUGAGAGAAAGGGGGAGACAGAAUUGAGAUAGAAAUAUAGAAAAGAGCGUAGAGAUGUGAGAAGGAAGAAGGAAAGAGAAAAGAAUAGUAAGAUGGCGUACGGAAGCGUCAGUAUAUGAUAUACUAUACCAAUAAUUACUAGUAGGGAUAUCACAUUUAUAGAUUUGUUGUCUGUGUCGAUAAGUUUUAUCAUGUUUCUUUGUAUUUAUAUGGAGUUUAUAAAAUGCGAGAGAGAGAGAGUAAGAGAGAGAGAGAGAGAGAGAAAGAGAGAGAGAGAGAGAGAGAGAGAGAGAGAGAGCUAGUUCGAGGGGAGAGAAAAGGAGAGCGUAGUCUAUUACAUCUCAUGUCCAGAACGUUUUUCUUGAUGGUUCUUAACAAUAUAUUCUAUCUAAUUACCACCUACUAUAUCUAUACUACUAAUCUCCACAGCGCAGCAGCGCAGGUAGUCGUAUAUAUUUAGCGUAGAAUGCGACCUUCAUUGCCAUCUUUAUGGUGGCAUCCUGUGCGCUACGAGCUAAAAGCGCUACUUGGUCACAGUGCUGGUCCAAGUUGGUCUUACCAAGUUGGUCUAGCGGGACAUCCACUGGUUCCGAUUCCUCAUUAUUAGUUCCCGAUUUUUGUAUGAAUGUGUAUCAGGAUGUGUACUACUAACGGAUAUCUAGAUGUCUUAGUAUGUACUUUGCCCAUAGUUACUACGAUACUUUAACGGCAAAUUAUUUUAAUUGCAAAUCCGAGAUUUUCCGAGAAGAGCUACUAAGAAGAGCUUACUUGAGCACUAAGCAGAAGAGUGUCUAUGUUUCCACUGUAGUUUAAAUUGAAUGUGCAAUUAUUGGAACGAUAAUACACACACACACACACCCCACCCACGCACAAAUAAUAAUUGGCUCAUUAUCGUUACACAGGAUCUCUUUUCCAUAAUGUUGCUAACCAACAACACAUGCAAUGUACUUACGCUUACACUGAAGGCUUUCAUUUUGACAACUGUCAACUUUUUGAGCACUAAGCCUCAAACACUUCAACCAUAUCCGCUAGUGUGUGUGUGUGUGUUUUUGGGUGAAAUUAUUUAUAGAUUUGUUCUUUAUGUUCUGCUUGAUCAUCCAUCCUGCUCAGUAGUCACUAGAGAGAGAUCCACUAAGCAGCAUCGCAUUGCAGGUGGUGUCUAUGGACGCGAUAGUGUAUCGGUACAGCACAGAAAAGAGGAGAGAGAGAGAGAGAGAGAGAGAGAGAGAGAGAGAGAGAGAAGGAGCAAAAGUGCGAGAGAGAAAAUAAAUGCGCAAAUAUUCUUCCAACGUUUGAAAAGAAGUGAAACUCACGGCGCACGGCAUUUUUUUUUCGAUUUAGUUGAUUUGUUUGGUACAUUGGUGUAUUGAAACAUGAAAGUCUGACAACGGUUAUUGCUUAGGUUAGGACAACUUAAGACAGAGAAACACGGAGUAUUAGUGGGAAGAGAAUAAUACAGCAAAAAAGUAAUAAAAACAGAGAGAGAUUGUAGAAAAUAAAAAAAAAACAAUAGUUGGACUAAAAUGUGCGACCAAUGAAAGAUUAGUCCACUACUUCCCAAUAAGAGGAUAUCUAUAUACACAUACAUGAAUUGAAAAAAAGGAUGAGACAACAUUUAGCGAGAAAUAAUGAAGUUUAUCAACACAAUUUGUACAUCCUCUAAUUUCGGGGCAUCGGAUUAUGGUAGGAUGCUGUGUAAGGAUAGCUUAAAACGGAACGCACUUUUUCGUACACCGGCGUGUGGAGGUUAAGAAUCCGAUCGUGGAUUGUACAUGCAUAAACACAUACUAUUAUCUCACAGCUGUACCGUAACUAUCGCAAACAUUACAACGCAUUGCUCUCGAUCCUAAAUACACUACUGUACACCCAUACACAUACAAACACGUGUAACUGUAAUGGAAAGCGGAGUGGAAGUAACUAGGAAGAAACAUCAAAAUGGCGUCAAGCUAAACACUGAGAAAGUGGAAUGAGAUAGAAAAGGAAAAAGAGAGCGAAGUAGAAGAGAGAUACACAUUAUCGAUACACGAUAAGAGCUCAAUUUUAUAUCGAAAUUUAUAUACAUACUUGAUAGAUAAAGAAAAUGUAAGAGUUAUAAAAAGCAGAAGAACGAAAAAAAAACGAUAAAGCAAUAGAUGACGCUGAUACUGCGCAAAAAAAACCCCGAAAGCGGAACAAGCAAGAAAACGGAAAGCAAAUGCACCUCUCGAAUACUUAAAAAAAACACACUGAAAACUGCUGAACAGCGCCACAGAUUUUGUUACCUAUAUAUGCGUGGGGUUUGCGUUUAGGUCUGCGUUGUUAUGUUAGUUAUAGCUUUGUUCUCUUCUAAUCUUGUUGGUAAUUUUUUUGUUUUACGUUUUUUAGAGAAAUUGAGCACUUUCUAAAGAGUUUUUAAAACGAACCCGAAACCGCGGAAGAGCAAAAGAACGACCAAUCCCGUUCUGCUGCUGCUGCGCAAUAUAUCAGUCACCGCUCUGCGGUGACAGUUGAAAGCAAUUGCAGCGGACACGCUACCUGCUACUACCCCGCGCGAACUUCCUUCUCUGUUAGUAGGCUUAAGUUUUCGUGAUUAAGUUUCGACGCGGUGCACCACGCGCCACACUUUGGUAAUCGGCAUUAGGAGGGAGGAAGAGAGGGUGAGAUGUUCGCACUAUAUAUAUCAAAGCGCGGUGUGGCCGUCCAGUGCCUAAGGAACCGGGUGGUCCGGGCCCUCACACUUAGUGCAUCAGCUGCCGGUACACCUGCUGUGUACACGCACCGCCGUAGCUUAGCGCAAACAUUUGUGCGUGAAAACCACCCCC